AUGUCCAACCAGCAUGAUGAGUUGGCUCAUCCACACUUUGCUCUCAUCUAUAUCGACCGCGAUGGCAAUCUUCGCCAUGAGGCGUCACCGUCUAUCGCCAAUAGUCGCGAAGCUAUUCUGUCCCCUCGGGUCACGGACGCAUUUUUGCAGGCCGUGGCUCGGUCUGAAGAGCCCGGUUCCUCACGACCAUCAUGUAAGUAUUGGAUACCCUCCCUCGCCGCCCCUAGCGAGAACCAGGGGAGGAGUCAGUGUGUUGACCCGAAGGCAGUUGAAGUGGAAUCGGGCGCAUCAGCCUCACCACCAAGAACAACCACUGGACAGGGCCUGCUUCCUACCCAAGUGAGUCAAGUGCCCCCCAGCACCGAAUCCAGAAGCAUGGAAAGGCACAGACGAGUGGUACCCGCACCUCAAGGGCCACCGAUAGACCCGAUCAUGUGGCCUGCACAGCAGCAAGAGCCCUGGCCAUCACGGUGGUCUCGAAGCCCACAAAACCAACGAGCACAGCCGUGGAAUGAAGAAGUCAGCAUCACCAGCCCUAAUAAGUCCCUCAUCUGCGUGCGGGACAAGGAAUUCCUGCGCCGAUACUAUGAAAAGGUUUUCCAAAAUCUCCAGCAGACGAAUUGCCGUGUCCUGGCCAAAGCAUACGUCAAGCUGGUAGAGCCACGGAAGCAGGUGAACUACCCAUACAAUGGACGCAAGAUUAUCGAUGGUCGGACGCAGCAACUGAAUCCAGAAGAGACGAAACCGCCGUGGUGGCCAGCAGGGGUGAGCCACAGAGAGCCUGAUCAUCUUCCAAAAGCCGAGCGAGUUAGACUCCUGGUUUAUCUACUUUGCGAGUUGCGCACGGGCUAUGGCAUCACCGCCCGGCGACUGAGAGAGGCAGACCAGCCGAUCCGUCGUCAAAUCACCCCAGUCGAACGAUUACAAAUGAUGGACGAACUCUACGAGGUUAGAGAAGAAGAAGAAAAAUUCCUAGACGGAAAGACAGACGGGAAAACCCUAGUAUCCAUCGCACGCGCGAACCUUCCUGACCCUGUAGAGUCACCAAGCAGCCGAAGAACCUCCCCAAAUGAAGAGAAACCCAUACAAGAAUCUCACUAUGAAAACAUGUGUAUUCGAAGUGGACCGACGCGAACCCCGAAAGACCCCAAGACUACAUAUGCUGCGAGCGAUGUGUCCGCCAACGUGUCUCCAAUACCUCUUCCUCCCUCGCACAGCCCUAUCAAUUAUAUCAAAACCGAGCCCUCUAUAACCCACGGUGGCGAUGCUACUCAAGCUGCCAUGGCCGCACAGGACCUUAAGAGGAAACGCCAGUGUGUUGAAACGGGAGUUCCGGUGCCUACUAGCACUACACCCAACCCGAAUCCCAAUCCAAACCCCAACCCCAACCCCAACAACCCCUUGGAGUUUUACGCCCCUGUAUACGUUGGAGCACCACCGUAUAUGCCGGAAGCUUACCAUGAACUUCAUGGCUUUCCAGCACAAGCCGAUUCCACCGCCGCACAACCUCCCACCGAGCCAUUUGGAGAGGGCAUGGACUCAUCCGCGUUCCCUUUCUAUUUCCAGUACUAG